GUCAUCGCGUCUGUGCGCUCCUGCAUAUGGAAGGCGACGAGAUUCGCUCAUGAGAAAGUCAGCGCGCGCAGGAAUCGGGAUUUUACGUUUCUUCGCAUCUGAUGAGUAAACAAUCCUGCUUCCAGGUUUAUGAUGGAGGAUCACAUGCAGUGCACAAUCUGCUUAGAUUCGUUUAAAUUCCCAGUGACCAUCCCGUGCGGUCACACCUUCUGCAAGGUCUGCAUCUCCAAAUUCUGGGAGACCAAGGACAAAGACUUUCACUGCCCUGUUUGCAACAAAACCUUCGUCACGAGGCCUCAGCUGAAUCGUAACGUGUCUCUGUCAGUGCUAUCGGAGGUGGCCGCCACACACAGUCCAGCGAAGAGAGACUUGUGCACAGGAGCCUCGGUCCACACGGAGCCGGAGCAGAUCUGUGAGCGGCACCAGAAGCCUCUGGUCAUCUACUGCAGGAACGACAGCAUGUGUGUUUGCUAUGAGUGCACUGUGAUCGAGUGUAAGGGACAUGAUGUGAUUCUGGUGGAAGUUGAACGGAAGAAUAGAGAGGCAGGAUUAAAGAAAAAGAGUGCGGAAAUCAAGAAACUCCAGGAAGCCACCGAGAGGAACCGUCUGGAGCUCAUGGAAAACAUGGAGAAAGCGAAGGUCUCACUCCAGCAGACGUCUCAGUGGGUGAACAGCAAGUUCUCACAGCUGAUAAAGGUGUUGGCAGAGAAGCAGGAAGUGACACAGCUGUUUGUGGAGCAGCAGCAGGAAGUGACCGUGAUGCAGGCUGAGGAUAGGCUGGCUGCGCUGGAGGAGAGAACCAUGCAGCUCGUAGCCCUUCAGGAGGAGAUCAGCAGCCUGUGUUCCCUCCCUUCAUGCCAGCUCAUCAAGGACUCCAGGUUCAUAGAGGUCCCACGCUUCAGGGACGUUCCUGUGGAUGUGCUUGUAAGCGCACAGGAGAAGUUGACCCCCGUCACAGAUGUCCUGUCCCGCGUGUCUAAGCUGGUGUGUGAGGAUCUGGAGAGAGCCACACAGGUGUCCGGAGGACCGGAGAAAGAGGGCUCUCCUCAAGAUAAGAGGCCAGUUCUGGCUGUUGUUCCCAGUCCUGCAACUCCAUCAUAUCCAGCAGAGAGGGAGGGGCUAAACGCAUACCGCUGCAACCUGACCUUUGACCCUCGUACCGCCAACGCUCACUUACGCCUUUCCCAGAGCAACAGGAGGGCGGAGCAUCUGACCUCUGGGCCCCGCCCCGUCCCGGCCGACGAGUCCCGCUUCGACCACACCUGGCAGGUGUUGUGUUUCCAGAGCUUCACUCGCGGACAGCAUUACUGGGAGCUGGAGGUGUCCAAACCGUGGGCUUACGUGGGCGUGACGUACCCGAACAUACCGCGCAAAGAGAAGGGCAAGCGCUGCAUGGUGGGCAUGAACGAGCUGUCGUGGAGCCUCCAGCUGGACGAGCGGCAGCUGAGCGCGUGGCACGCCGGCUGCAAGGAGUCCGUCGCGGGACAGCUGCAGCUAAACGCUCAGCCGCUGCGCAUCGGCAUGCUUCUGGACUACGAGGCCGGUACACUGACCUACUACGGCGAGGGACAGGUCCGGCUGCACGCCUUCCACUGCGCGUUUACACAAGCCCUGCUCCCGGCCUGCUGGAUCGGGGAGGGCGUCACUGUUACGCUCUGUGAACCGAGAGCAGGAUUGUUCCUGAGGAAAUAGAUGCAUCCCUACUGUAGCCGGACCCGAGACGCGUGGCCUUCCUUCACCAUCAUUUACUCCUCGUG